AUGUCAGAAGGCCAUCCGUCAACUGUCACAGAUGCACAGACAUAUCGCUUCAUCUCCGACCCCGGCCACAAGGAGAAUCUUUCCGGCAGAGUACGGGCAGCCUGUCUGACAUGUCGACGUAAGAAGAUCAAGUGCUCGGGGGAGCCAAAUUGUCGUACAUGCCGCGAGAAAGGCCUUGUAUGCGAGGGUCUUCCCGAGCGAAAGCGGCCGCGGAGAGACGCUCCAGACGUCGCCAAUCACACACUGGCUUCGAGAGUAGGCAUCAAUCGAAGGCAACGAAUUAUCUCCGGGAAGAGGAGCAGCAUCUCGCAGACGGCAGCUUUAUCAGCUUGUGAAGACUUCACCGACCACAACGAUCACCUUACUGGAAGAGCCUCCACAAGCCUGAAAGAUGCUUUGUCGUCUACCAUUGACUGCAAAGCACAAUCCGGACAGAUCGCGACAAGGACCUUAGCCCAAAGGAAUAGCUCCCGCCGCAAUUCUCUGCCAAACCAAAUGCACAAGGAUACAUGGCAAGUGCAUCAAGCGCCAAGUCAACCACAACACAAUGACCGUCCUGCGGUACCAAGCAUGGGCGGCGACACCGCGACCAGCAUAUCGACCGUCUCUCGACUGAAUCAGACUGCUGAGCCACUGCCUACUGUCGGUGAUGACAGAGACGAUGGAACCGCUGGUUGGUGGUUUGGAGCCGGCGGCGAGUUUGUGGCAAUGCCGCCGGAAACACGCACACGGCGGCAGACGGUCGCAUGCCUAUUCCCAGCGUGUGAUGUGGCUGAUCCGCGUUACCAAAUGCCGUCAGGAGGAUAUAGCUUCUUCGACGACAGCUCAUUGCUGGCAAACCACACACCAGCAGCGGAGUUCACGCCUGGUGACUUUUCAGCAUGGCUGGACGCGAAUGCUCCAGACCUAGCCUCGAUGCUCCCGUCCACUUUCCCAGUGGACUCAGUUAACGCUUUCAACCAUCCCACGCGCACGUCUGACGCUUUAACGAUACCGCUUGCGCAGACUGCACCGAACCAGGAUGGGCAUUUUGAAGACUACUUCAAUCAAGGCUGGCCAAAGUGA